AUAAGUGAUGUAACUCAACAAUAGACAGAACUUUUUAUCAUUCGAUAGAAUGACAGAGAAUAGCGGGUCAGAUAGAUCCUCACCUCUCUACCUGCAAUAGAGAAAUUAAGCAAACUGUUUCGUAUAAGAAAGUUACGCGCGCGCGUUGAUUAGGAACAGCUGUAAAGUAAUCAAUGAUUACUCAUUAGUCGACAUUGCGAAACGUCGAUGUGUAGUGAUCUGUGAUAUUAGUCAACAUGCCCGCUACGACUAUGCAUAAAUUAAUAACAUUUAUAGGAUUUAUGUCUAUAUUACACGCGGCUUAUUCCGCGGCACAACAUCGCUCAUACUUGCGAAUCACUGAACAAGAGUUUACCACUUUGCCAAUUGAUAUUUUAAUUCAAGGUAUAACCAGUUUGUUUAUUGUCAUGUAUGGUGUUAUGUACAUAGCUGGUGAUUUCAAAGAAAUUCGGGCAGUUGUUGAUUUGGAAAACAAGUCUUGGGAGACGUUACGGAAUCUGCCAUCUUUUCAAGUAUUUAAUCACCGUGGAAGAUCUCUCUCACCAGACUAUAUUUCAGCGCCUGCAUUUUUGAAAUAGUUGUGUACAUGUAAGUUUUAUUGCGCAGCUAUUCUAUGAUACGAUUAUAUCUGCGCAAUGAAACUUACGUAUAUGUAACUAUUUCAAGAAUAUAGAUUCAAAACUAUGAAUAAAAUUAUGUUACUUGUUUGUAUCAAAUCACAAACAAAAUUAUUCGAUAUAAAGAUUUAUUUAUGUCUGAGUCAUGUUUUUUUUAACUUAGUAAAAAUAUUCAAGAGAACAGCAAUAUACAAAUAAUUACUUUAAAUAUAUAUUCGCAAGAGUCAUGUUUGUGUGCACAAAUCUUCAGAUUUCUACCAGUGUUCAGCUAUUUACUACUUUUAACGUAAGUAGAAUUAAAUAUGUUGAAACUAGAGUGUCACACUUUGAAAGAGAUAUAAAAAUGUAAAAAAAAGAUCAACUGAAAAUGUCAAAACCGAGACAGCUACGUGUAAAUAUACAGGCAUUAAAUUUAAUUAUUUAUUGUUGAAAACAAAUGACACCAGAUUGUGAUCUUCAUCUUGUAAUUGUAAUUCAAAUUGUGAGAUCUCAAACACGGCGAGUGGUUUUGUAUAUGCAUUUCACACCCAAUUAUGGCAGUAAAUAGUACGAAUAAAAGAAGUUUCGCAAU